UACUAUCGAUAGUGCGAUAAAUGGUGUGACACCUCUAGAAACAGCAGUAGAAUUUUGUAAACAAUAACAAUUGAUGUGUAAAUAGUCCGAAUAAAAAAUGGGCAGCAAGCGCAAAUGGCUCCCCACCGAAGAGGACACCUUCAUUCGGAUCUGGUUUGACAAUUUGGAUCUGUACCGCAGAGGCAAAAAACAAAUUGAAAUUUGCCGACUUCUGGAGGACGAGUUCCGAUUUGAAGGCAUUGAAAUAAAUCCCGAGGGAAUCAAAAUGAAAAUGGACUCGUUCAAGCGCAAGUAUUUCCACAUCGCAAAAGGUUAUGCAAAGUUGCAAACGCGCAAAUGGCGGCACUUUAAAACUCUGGAAACAAUACUCGGAACGCAAUUAAAAGAGCUGGAAGAGAGCGUCGACUCCAACGAAACCGUUGCUAAUAACCCGUUCAACCAGGUCUAUGUGGACGAGUGCACUAGUUGGCUGCUUGACGAGGAAGACUGUACGCCACCCAGCAGUUCAACGAGCGAGGUAUACCAGGAGCCAUCGGAAAAGAAGCAAAAAAUAAACGAGGACCGCCAGGAGUCACCGGCAAAACAGCAUACAUCUAGCAACGCUAAGAAUUCCAAGCAGAGUGUCCAGAAUUCAAAGCCGAGUUCACUAUACACCAAAGCAGGCAAGCUCAGACAACCCAAGCGUCCACGCAGGAAUUGGACCAUUGAAGAGGAAGUCACGUUCAUUGAAGUGUGGAAGAACUAUGUGGGGGACUUGCUGGGAGAGGGAAAGAAGAAGGCGGAUAUCUACCGAGCUAUGAAAAAAGAGCUGCAAACAUAUGGCGUAGGAUUGGACAAGAUAGCCUCGGAUGUUAAAGCAAAAAUGGAAUCUUUGAAGCGUACAUUCAAAUCUGAACAUGAAACCUUUGGAGCCAAAUCGGAAUGGAUUCACUAUGCUAAACUGGUGGAUGUGGUGGGCCCUCUGAAUGGCAUACUUAUUGAAACACAUCACGAUACCAGCAGCAGUUCCGACGAUUGGUUCCCCAAUAAAAUGAAGGCCGAAUCUCGUAGUCAGUUUCCAGAUCCUUUGAAAGAACAGAAACAGCAAGAUGCCAACGACUCCAAUGAUUCCUUCUGCUGGGUCCUUGAAGAGGCAGCAGAAGCACCUUCUAGCCAUCCAGAACCCCCAAGUGAUUCGGCUACAAAUCAGUUCUUAGAACACACAGAUGAAGAGUGUUCUCCAGUUCAGAGCCCUGUACAUUUUAGUGAAUUUAAUAACGCCAGUAAUAAGGAUUCAGAAACUUGUAAAGACUACAUGCAGGACCUAGAAGAAACAGAGGAGGCAGACGAGAGUCCCAAGCAGCCAGACGACAAUCCCUCGAGCCAUAAGCAAAAAUCUGUAAAGCAAUUCACACAAUUUGUUGCAAAAGAGUUACUAGUAUUGGAUGACGAUCUGUUUUUAGAGGCCAAGAGAUGUAUUUACAAUGUUCUUUAUAAUAUGGAACGUAAGCAAUUAAAGCUAAAUAAGCAUUAAAUUGCUUCAAAUAAAA